GCCAACCUUUUCUUGUUCCAAUGGCGAGUUUGUACUCCUCUAUCCAAUCAUUGUCCUUUGCGGUCAAGCACCACUCAUUCCCUACAAAGCUCCUCCUACUUCUCGUUCUCCUCCCUCUCUCCUUAGCCCUCUUCGCAUUCCUCCUCCAAUGGCACGGUGGCGGCAUUGAUGAUCCCAUUUUCAAAAAGUUCCUUGAUGAAUCGUUCAAAUUCCUCGGAAUUGACUCCUCCCCUCUAGCCACGUUUGGCCACUCAUCAUCUCAUUCUUCUGAUUGCUCCAUGCUGAUGGGACACAUCAAUAUGACCAUAUUUCCGCAUUACCAAGACUUAAAGUUCAAGUUCGAACCGGAUCGCAAACCUAAGAUAUGUGUUACUACGAGUACAUCUGCUAGCCUGGAGCAGAUUCUGCCAUGGAUGUUAUAUCACAAAGUCAUAGGAGUGUCAACUUUUUUUCUAUUUGUCGAAGGGAAAGCUGCAACUCUUGCCAUUUCCAAAGUUCUUGAAUCAAUUCCUGGUGUUAGAGUAAUUUACCGAACUAAAGAGCUAGAAGAACAACAAGCUAAGAGCCGAAUCUGGAAUGAGACUUGGUUGUCAAGUUUCUUUUACAAGCCUUGCAAUUAUGAGCUAUUUGUGAAGCAAUCCCUUAACAUGGAGAUGGCCAUAGUCAUGGCAAGGGAUGCUGGCAUGGACUGGAUACUUCAUUUAGACACAGAUGAAUUGAUACACCCAGCUGGUGCUCGUGAAUACUCUCUAAGGCAAUUAAUGCUUGAUGUGCCUGAGAAUAUAGACAUGGUUGUCUUUCCCAACUAUGAGAGCAGUGUUGAAAGGGAUGACAUCAAGGAACCUUUCACGGAGGUCUCUAUGUUCAAGAAAAAUUACGACCAUUUAACAAAAGACACUUAUUUUGACAUGUAUAAGGAUUCAACCCGUGGCAACCCAAACUAUUUUUUGACAUAUGGAAAUGGGAAAGCGGCUGCUCGAGUGCAAGAUCAUCUUCGUCCAAAUGGUGCACAUAGAUGGAGCAAUUACAUGAAAACUCCUAGUGAGAUCAAAUUGGAAGAGGCUGCUGUUUUACAUUAUACAUAUGCCAAGUUCUCGGAUUUGACUUCUAGACGUGAUCGAUGUGAUUGUAAGCCUACAAAGGAAGAUGUUAAGCAAUGCUUUAUGUUGGAGUUUGAUAGAGCGGCUUUUAUAAUUGCCUCAACUGCCACAAAUGAGGGAAUGCUCAACUGGUAUCGUGAACAUGUUGUAUGGGGUGAUGAAACCCUCAAGAUGAAGUUAUUGAAAAAGGGAAUUUUAACACGCAUUCAUGCUCCCAAGACCAUCAUCCAAGGUUUGACCGAGUUUGGUGUGUUUCGACAUAUCAUUGCAUCUGCACAAGAAUCUCACUCAAAGGACAAAUUCUUAGUAUCCAUUGAGAGCAGUAAUUCCUCUACUGGUACUGACUUUGUACGCUAUCAGUCAAGAAAAAUUGGUAAGGAUAAAAAAUCUCACACAAAAGCUAGAAAAUCUCUAGAAGUAACUAACUCUACAUUCCAAGAAAUAGUUGUCCCACCCUUAUCUCCCCCAAUCACAGACGAGAACCGUCUUUUUCCUUCCGUAUAUGAUUGAAAAGAAGGAAAUGCUAGAUUCUCCUCUUUGUCCAGAGGUAGGAGUAGGAAAGAGCUAAGCAAGCAUCCGGUUGGAGCUUAAUGGUGUUUCAAUCUAUGGCUAUUCCUGAUCAUUACCAAUGCGGAGGUGUACCUCAUAGCAUAGAUAUAGAGAAAGUGGGGACAAAAAAUUUACAGAAAAGUCAUUACAUUUGUCUUCAAAUUCCUUUUGUCGUACAGGGAAAGAACAACUCAAUUAGGCAGCAAAGGUGCAACUUCUAUUCUACUGUUGAGUUAUUUGUUGCCUGGUGGUGCUAGCUCUCAUGUGUUUG